AUCCCCUUCUCCCUCCGACCAAAUCCCAACACACAACCACCAAUAACGAAACCAACCGCCACACACCACUCCCCCAUAAUCACCAAAAUGCCAUCCUCCUCUCCAUCCCUCACCAUCAUCUCCAAAUCCACCGUCUACCCCUCCUCCGCCGCCGCCGCCAGUUCGCUGAAGCUCUCGGUCUCCGACCUCCCGAUGCUUUCCUGCCACUACAUCCAAAAGGGUGUCCUCCUCUCCGCCCCACCUCUCCUCAACUUCUCCGACCUCGUCCUCCUCUUUAAGCGGGCCCUCUCCCUUACCCUCUCCCACUUCCCCGCCCUCGCCGGCCGCCUCUCUACCGACCCUCUCGGCCACGUCCACAUUCUCUGCAACGACGCCGGAGUCGACUUCAUCGAGGCCAAGGCCAAGCACCUCACCGUCCGCGGCGUCCUCUCCCCCGACAGGGACGUACCGGAUUGCGUCAAGCAAUUCUUCGCCUUUGACCGGACCGUCAGCUACAACGGCCACUUCCUCCCACUGCUCGCCGUCCAGAUCACCGAGCUGGCCGACGGCGUCUUCGUCGGCUGCACUGUCAACCACGCCGUCACCGACGGUACCUCAUUCUGGCACUUCUUCAACGCGUUCGCCGAGGCCGCCCAGGGAUCGAAACGCCCGUCGAACUCCCCGGAUUUCCACCGCGAAAACGUGUUCAUCUCGCCGUCGGCGGUCCUCCGCCUCCCCUCAGGCGGCCCGGCCGCCACGUUCUCCCAGGACGAGCCCCUGCGCGAGCGGAUCUUCCACUUCAGCCGAGCCGCGAUCCUGAAGAUGAAGUUAGUUGCCAACAGCGCUGGCGUCUCCCCGGCGGUGGCCGAGAUCAUGGGGAAGCAGAGCAACGACGGCUUCAAGGCCGGGAACAACAAGGUAGCGCCGACGGAGAUAUCGUCGUUCCAGUCGCUUUGCGGGAAGCUGUGGCGGAGCGUCACGCGCGCGAGGAAACUGGCUCCAUCCAAGAUAACGACGUUCCGGAUGGCGGUCAACUGCCGUCACCGGCUCGAACCGCGGCUCGAGCCGUACUACUUCGGCAACGCGAUCCAGAGCAUCCCGACCGUCGCCUCCGCUGGAGAGCUGCUGUCCCACGACCUGGGGUGGUGCGCGGGGCUGUUGCACCGGAACGUCGUGGCACACGGCGAUGCGACGGUGCGGCGGGGCGUGGAGGGCUGGGAGAGGGAGCCGCGGCUGUUCCCGCUGGGGAACUUCGACGGGGCGUCGAUCACGAUGGGGAGCUCGCCGAGGUUCCCGAUGUACGAGAACGACUUCGGGUGGGGCCGGCCGUUGGCCGUGAGGAGCGGCAGGGCGAACAAGUUCGACGGGAAGAUCUCGGCGUUCCCCGGGCGGGAGGGCGGCGGAUCCGUCGAUCUCGAGGUGGUGCUGGCGCCGGAGACGAUGGCGGGGCUCGAGAAUGACGUGGAGUUCAUGCAGUAUGUGUCGUCCAUCGAGUGACUGAAAAAAUUAAAAAAAAAAAAAAAAGAGGAUAAAAACCGGGAAAACGAGUGACAUGGCUGCCAUCGGAAAACAUCAUUUGUGUGGACCCAACGUAGAUAUUAUUCCAGAUUUGAAAAUGGCACGUGUCAUAAUACUGGUGGUCGUUUGUAAUGGAUCAGAUGGUGACUCGAUCAGAAGAAUUCCAAGUGAUUUGAGAAACUUAUCUCAUCAUUUA